AUGGUGGACAAGUUCACGGGGCACCCUAAGGGAUAUGCGUACAUAGAGUUUGGCUCGGAGAUCGCAGCGCAGCACGCGGUGCUGCUGUCCGACUCAACUUUGAAGGACCGACAGAUCAAAGUCGUGUCCAAGCGCAAGAACAUCCCCGGGAUGUCGAGGGGCAGAGGCGGCGGCUGGAGGCCGCGGGGGGCAGUGCCUUUCCGGGGGCGGGGCAGAGGCGGUGGCAGCUUCAGGCCAACUUACAGAGGGCGUGGGGGUGCAGCUCGCGGCUACGGCCGGCCGUACUAA